CGGACUUGGAUGAGACGCCAUCAGGCUGCUGAUCUGACGGACAUCCACAGGAACAAGCUGACAGGGAGCCACGAUGACGGCAAAGGACCUUUUGAAGACUCUGGAGAAUUUAAGAGAGGAAGAAUUCAAAAAGUUCAAAUGGUAUCUGCGGCAACCUGACGUCCUGGAAACCUACCAAACCAUGAAAGUGUUCGAGCUGGAGACUGCAGACAGAUUGAAAACAGUGGAUCUGAUGGUGAACGCAUUUAAUCUUCAUGGAGCUCUGAAGCAGACCAAGAAGAUCUUAGCGGAGAUACCCAGGAAAGACCUGGUGCAGAGUCUGCCAGAAACCAGCUCAGGACCAGAAGAGGAGAAUCCUCUGAAGACGCUGCCAGAGGCCAAAGCCUCCAACACAGCUCUGGUGGAGCCUGCUGGAGUCCGAUGGUUGAGACCAGGGCUGAGGAAGUACUCCUGUGAACUCACAAUCGACACAAACACAGUACACAGAAAGAUCAAACUGUCUGACAACAACAGGAAGGCAAUGCGUGUGGAGGAGGAUCAGUCAUAUCCUGAUCAUCCAGACAGGUUUGGCCGCUGUCAGCUGCUGUGUAGAGAUGGUCUGACUGGUCGCUGUUACUGGGAGGUCGAGUGGAGACGAGGAGUUUCUAUAUCAGUGACUUACAGAGGAAUCAGAAGGAGAGGAGCCAAAAAAGAAUGUGUGUUUGGAAUGAAUGAUCAGUCCUGGAGUCUGAGCUGCUCUGAUGAUAGUCGUUACUCUGUCAGGCACAAUAACGUAACAAUACCCACCUCCUCCUCCUCCUCCUCCUCCUCCUCCUCCUCCUCCUCCUCCUCCUCCUCCUCCUCCAGAGUAGCAGUGUAUGUGGACUGGCCUGCUGGCUCUCUGUCCUUCUUCAGAGUCUCCUCUGACACACUGAUCCUCCUCUACACCGUCAACACCACAUUCACUGAACCUCUUUAUCCUGGAUUUGGGUUCUGGCCUGGUUCCUCAGUGUCUCUGUGUUCUGUGUAGGAGGGAGAGCCAGACCUGAACCCCGUCCAACACCUCUGACUGUGAGCCAGACCUGAUCACCAGCAUCCGUGUUGGACCUCCAACAUGUUUUAAAGGGUUUUAAGCUUCAAAAGUGGUUUAAUGUUUGUCGCUGGUUAAGUGCUUUUAAGGUGGUAUUUAAGUUUAAGACAGUUAUGUAUUUUCUAAGGUGGUAUUAGUAUGUUUGAUAUGUUUUUAAGGUGGUAUUAGUUUGUUUAAGACAGUUACAUGGUUUUAAGGUGGUAUUAGUAUGUUUAACAGAGUUAUAUAGUUUUUGAAGGUGGUCCAGUCCUGUGGUCUUGUGAUUUUUAAGGUGGUAUAAGUUUAAAAUGGAACAAAAUGGAUGAAUGUAAAUCAAGAUUAGACAGAUGGUUAAAUACAGAUCUUUCUCUGUUUAAUCGCAUUUAUAACCAAAACCAAAAGCCUUUCCAGGUGUAUUUACCCAGCCUGCUCUCUGUCUAUCCCCAACAAAGCGGCCAAAACCAUCAAGACAUUAAACUUUGAUUACAUCUGGAAAAGAUGUACCAUGACUGACUGUAGUGAUACAGAUGAUGUAGAUGGUGGGCUACAAGCCACAGACUUUGACUGUAUAAAUGGUUCAGAGUCUUUCUAGCAAACAGUAGAAGCUUCUGGUAUUGUGUCUCCAGGGAAUUGUUUAAAGAAAUUGGAGGUAUUAAUUUACUUUAUUUACUUGUGAUUUUGAUUUUGAUGUUCCAAAACUUUCUAUAAAACUGUUGCAUUUCAUUCACAAGUUCUGUUAUAUUGGAAACUAAACACAGUUUUACUCCCCAUGAUGGACCCAUGUGGAGGUGCAGAUUCAUUCUCUUUAGAAAUAAGUUCCUGUACUUUUCUCCUUCACACAUUUACUAGACAACUAUGGAAAUGUUUUAUUCUUGGAAGACUUUGGUACAAAAUUUAAUUUCCAGUGCAAUCGUAAACAUUAUGACAUGGUUAUCCAGAUCGUCCCAUCUGCCUUCCUUUUAAUGGCAAAAAAUUCACCACCUCAUAUGUUCAACCCCCCUCUUCUUCAUUGAUGAUUGCAGGUCACCAGUUCUGUAGUAAGACUUUGCAAAACAAAGUGUUCUGUGAUCUCUUCACUAUGACUUUAUUCCCAAUGCAACACAGCUGAAAUUCUGCUUCUCUUAUUUUCAUUUUUGGUUUCAUCACCAAAAGCUGAAGAGCUUCACUUCAGUAUUUAAUGACAUAUAUCCUUCAAGAGACCUCCUCUCACGUAGAUUUAACUUUGAUCCUUCUGACUGUAUAUUCUGUGACCAAGGAUCAUCUGUUCUUCUUCUGUCCUCACAGUCACACAUUCUAGUGUCAUGUAUGAUCGGCUGUGGCCUCAUCUCCGGUCUCAGUUUCACUAGAGAUAACAUCACAUUUGGAUAAAAACUAUGAUUUGCUUUUAAACACUUUAAUUAUCUUGGGUAAAUUUUUCAUCCACAAAUGUAAAUUACUGUCUUCAAGAAAGAAUUUGAGUUGUACUACAAGUCCCUUUUGUUCAUGAAGAAGAAAACAGCUAAAAAACUUCUUAAUUUCAUUGAUGCCUUAAAAUGAACUGAAGCCCCUUAACUGUUGUUUUCUUGCUGUUUCAUUAUCCUCUGUUAUUUUACCUAUUAUCAUUUCUUAUCGUUAUUUUACUUUAAUUUAUUUUCUUCUCCCUUAUUUAGUUAUUUUUGUCAUCUUACCUGCUCCGUUUCCUGUUAGCACUAAUAUUUUUGUGAUUUCUGAUUAUGCUAGAGAUUGUUGUAAAUCUUACACCACAUUAAAAAAAUAAAAAAAUUUAAUUAAACUAAAG